UUCUAAUGCUCCUCUAUUUACUUCAUUUGUAAUGAUGCUGAUGUGAGACAGAAACUGCUAGCUAGCUAGCUAGCCUAGCUAAAGUAAUAAAGAACCGAUAAGAGAUGGAGAAGAAAACACAUGUGAUGGGGGGACAUACUAAUUGGUCUCCUCUUACGUUUCAUCUGAGUAUAGCUAUUUGUUAUCACCUAUUUGCUGUUAACUAACCGUCACUUUCUUACUGACGGUGAGUCUUUUAGCGAGCUAGGGUGCAGGCUAUGCUAGCUUUGCAGUGGGUUCGUGUUUCGGUGUAAUCCGGUAUGGCAGAUUGCAAACUCAGCAACACUCGCCACCACCGAAAGUAUUUUCUAAUUUACCCCUGCUGAGUAACACAACCGUUGUUAUCAGGACCCGGACUUUUAGGUUAAUUAGCCACCACGUCUGCUGGCGAAGCAACCUUAGCUAACGCCGCUGCUAGCGAAACUGUGUGGCCUGGAAUGGAGCCAGGCGACUUGCGAGAGAGCCCCGCCGGAUCCGGGGAGUCAGACGUGGGGGAUUGGAGGGAGGUUAUUCCCGGUGGGGACGAGGAGGUAAAAGCUGCCGAAACUAAUGGAACAACACUAGAGACGGCGCUCAGGGACACCUGCGAGGAAGUCGAAAAUGAAAAACAAAAAGGAGCUGGUGAGCAAUUACACAGCCCCUACGAGGAAGAACUGGACCCCAGAAUCCAGGAAGAGUUGGAGCAUCUUAAUGAAGCCAGUGCCGAAAUCAAUAGACUAGAGCUCCAGUUGGAUGAUGCCAGAUCAGGGUACCGGAAAAUCCUCACAGAGUCUGCCAGGAAGCUAAAUGCUCAGAGCUCUCAGCUUGGUGGCUGCAUAGAGAAAGCAAGACCUUACUAUGAAGCUCGUCGCCUUGCUAAAGAGGCACAGCAAGAGACCCAGAAGGCAGCUUUGAGCUAUGAGAGAGCGGUCUCUAUGCACACAGCUGCCAGGGAGAUGGUCUAUGUAGCAGAGCAGGGCUUGAUGGCUGAUGGCAAGAACACCCUGGAUCCCACCUGGCAGGAGAUGCUCAACCAUGCUACUUCCAAGGUAAACGAAGCUGAGGAAGAGCGACUUCGCAGUGAGAGGGAGCACAUGCGGGUCACACACGCCUGUCAGGAGGCCGAAGCUCGGGUUCAGAUGCUGCAAAAGUCCCUAAAAAGAGUCAUUGUGAAAUCCAGACCUUACUUUGAGCUCAAGGCCCAGUUCAACCACAUACUGGAGGAGAACAAAACCAAAGUGCUGCAGCUGGAACAGCACGUAGCCAAAGUAAAGACCCGCUACUCCAUUGCCUUAAGAAACUUGGAACAAAUCAGCGAGCAGAUCCACGCUCAGAGGGGGAGGGACCAGGCCCAGGGAGGAUGCACCAGUGUCUGCGGUGGACGGAGUCCCCCCGUUGGAGCAGAGUCCGACAUCAGAGUUAAGAAAGAAGGCGGAGCCUGCGGCGGUGGUGCAACGGGGAAGGAUAGAGUGGCUGCAGCCAUUGACCUGGAGAAAUACAAGGACAAGGAGAAUGAAAAGGAGAGGGAGCGGGCGGGGUCGGAUUCCCUUUCGGUCUUCAGCCUGCAAACCAUCGCCUCCGACUUAGAGAAAUAUGACUCCAUUGAGCACCUCGGGGACCUCAGCGAUGUAGGGAGCGUAACCGGGGAUGAGGGGGAGAAAGAGAGAGGCGGAGUGAUUGAUAGAAGAGACAAGCUGGCGGAAGCAAGCGCCAAAGAGCGCCAGCAGCAGUUCUACAAGCAGCACCACCGAAGCUUCAGUUUGUGAGGCUGUCAUAGACAUAGCAUAUAAACACUUCAGAAGUAAAGUAUAUGAGUUAUCAAAAAAGUACAAAAUAGGGCAAACAUCCCUAACACAUAGGUACCAACCAAAGUAAAAGAUAGCAAAUUGGCUGCAAAGGUAAAACUGGUGUAAUGCAGUUAUAGAUGUAUGAUAUAUGAUGGUGUAAAUAAGCACAUGUAUGUUGACUGACAAAAAAUUCUAAAGCUGACACUGAUCAAUAGUUAAUAUUGCAGCCUAGUUAGAACACUACUGAAUCUAAAGAACUUUCAACCCUCCAGGACAAGUAUACAGUAUAUUCACUCCCUCUGAGGGAUUCUGGGUAGAAUGUGUUCCUUGAGCAUAUAGGAACAGCGAAGAAUGAUCUUACUUUCCCUAAUCGUAAUCUAAUUUGGCGGGACUAGUUGUUCCCCCUACAGUCUUGUCUAGUCUCAAGGUAGAGGGGGUCGCAGAGUCUCUCCAUUAUACACUGAAAUCCACACUCCUAUUCACAACUCAUCAAGUUGGCGUGCAGGAAAAAAUGACAAAAACGAUUCACUGUCAGUGCAGAGUGAAAGCAUGCUUGAAUUCACAUUUCAUAUAUAUAUUUAUUUCCAGUAACAAGCUGCAAGCAGUGCUUUAUAUUUUGCACGAGAGAAUGCGUUUUUUGAAAAUUCCUGAAAUGAUGAAUGGAGUCUGAAAGCCUCCUACCACUCCAACAGCAUGCACUCCUAGUUAGCUAUCUAAACAGACAUUGCUGACAUGUAUUCAGGGCUAUAUGCUGAUACAAAAACUAAGAUUAAAGCUAAGAUGAUGAA